UUCGUUAUUGAUGUAUCAUUUUCUUACCUUACCAUUGACCUAGAUAAGCGUACAUAGUACGUAUAACAUAAACAUGUGACUUUAAGAUACAACUUAUAUAUAAGCAGUGUGGAGCAGUUACACUACUAAGAACACACGUUUACAUAAAGCGCUCUAGAGAUAUCAAAUAAUGAGCAAGGCACCCCAGAAGUACACAGUCGAAGACGGGGCGGGGAACAGCUUCGAACUUGUGGACGUGGACGGAACGCCAUUUCCAGCCUACUUCACGGACGACCCCACUAGCCGCCUCCAAGAGAUCCGCGACAUGACGGCCAGGGACGACGACAUUUUUAUUGUAGCCUACCCUAAAGCAGGCACGCAUUGGGUAUGGGAAAUGACGACCAUGUUGCUGAGGGGGACUGCCGAGUACCAUGCGUCCAUGAAGGAGGCCCAGAUGAUCGAGUUAACCGGCGCUUCAGCUGCCGCCAACAUCCCCUCGCCACGCGUCUUCAACACACAUCUUCUCUUCCGCCAGUUGCCCACAGACGCCUUUAAGAGGCGCUGUAAGAUGGUGUACGUGACGCGAAAUCCGAAAGACAUGGCUGUGUCCCGCUACUGUCACAACACUCGGGGCCAGGUCGCCUACAAGGGGACAUUCCAUGACUAUCUGCCGCUGUACAUGCAGGGGAAAGUUGCAUUCGGCUCGUGGUUCUCGUACACCCGUGACUGGGAGCAGACGAUACGUAACAAACCAGACUUCCCCAUACAUACCGUCGUUUAUGAAAAACUAAAACGAGACCCAGUGGCGGAGGUCAAGCGGCUGGCGACAUUCCUGGGUACGAAGACGGACGGCGAGUUCUUGGAGGCGGUGUGUGACCGAUGCAGCUUCACCAACCUCAAGACCAGCUACGAGAAGACCAAAGCGGACUUUGGGCCCGGAGAGACGCCCCUCAACUAUACAUUUAGGAAAGGCCAGAUCGGCGACUGGAAGAACUGGUUCACGGUGGCAGAGAGCGAGGCGUUUGACGGCGUCGUGCACGAGAACCUCGGUCAACUUGGACUUGACUUUGUGUACACGUAGAGAUUGCUCAUUUACACGUCUGUGUUCAUGCUAAGUAGACGGACAGUGCUCAACUUCGGGUUGUUUACCAACCACAUACAUGCUAUACAAUGUACGUUUAGCGGUGUGUGUGUGUUUGUCAAAGCUAGCGCACUGACCUCGAAAUAUUUUUGUUUCAUUUGUAUUAUCGGUCAACCAAAUACUUUUGCUUUCAAUAAAAUACAACAAAAA